CCUCUUCCCAUCGGCUCUGCGCCUGCGCGACCGGAAAAUUCGCGAAGGUUCCUGAAGCGGAACCGGCCGUUCCGGAAGCCGGCAGCCGCCCCAGCCGUCAGACCCGCGGUUGCGGCAGUGGGGUCGGUCGCGCACCGUCUUGCUCUUGCCUGGGUUCGGCCCCGACCUUGAACGGUGGGGAAAGGAAAUGGCCCUGCUGUGCUACAACCGGGGCUGCGGCCAGCGCUUCGAUCCCGAGAACAACUCCGACGAUGCUUGCACGUAUCACCCAGGUGUUCCAGUCUUUCAUGAUGCCUUAAAGGGUUGGUCUUGCUGUAAGAGAAGAACAACUGAUUUUUCAGAUUUUUUAAGCAUUGCAGGCUGUACAAAAGGCAGGCAUAAUAGUGAGAAGCCACCUGAGCCAGUCAAACCUGAAGUCAAGACUACUGAGAAGAAAGAACUUUCUGAAUUGAAACCCAAGUUUCAGGAGCACAUCAUUCAAGCCCCUAAACCAGUAGAAGCAAUAAAAAGGCCAAGCCCAGAUGAACCAAUGACAAACUUGGAAUUAAAAAUAGCUGCCUCACUGAAACAAGCACUUGAUAAACUUAAACUAUCCUCGGGAAAUGAAGAAAAUAAGAAAGAAGAGGACAGUGAUGAAAUUAAGAUUGGGACCUCAUGUAAAAAUGGAGGGUGUUCAAAGACUUAUCAGGGUCCACAGAGUUUAGAAGAAGUCUGUGUAUAUCAUUCUGGAGUACCUAUUUUUCAUGAAGGGAUGAAAUACUGGAGCUGUUGUAGAAGAAAAACCUCUGAUUUCAAUACAUUCUUAGCACAAGAGGGCUGUACAACAGGGAAACACAUGUGGACUAAAAAGGAUGCUGGGAAAAAAGUUGUUCCUUGUAGACAUGACUGGCAUCAGACUGGGGGUGAAGUCACCAUUUCAGUAUAUGCUAAAAAUUCACUUCCAGAACUUAGCCAAGUAGAAGCAAAUAGUACAUUGUUAAAUGUGCACAUUGUAUUUGAAGGAGAGAAGGAAUUUCAUCAAAAUGUGAAAUUAUGGGGUGUGAUUGAUGUAACACGAAGUUAUGUGACUAUGACUGCAACAAAGAUUGAGAUCACCAUGAGAAAAGCUGAACCUAUGCAAUGGGCAAGCCUUGAACUGCCUGCUACCAAAAAGCAGGAAAAACAAAAAGAAGAUACAGCAGAAUGAGUUGACAGGGAUAGAAAGUCAUUGCCUAUUUCAGAAUUCUUAGCUAUUUGGUAAAAUGGUGGCUUGCUGCUGUCCUCUCUUGUUGCUGUGUUGUCUUUGUUGUUGCUGUUAUUGUUGAAUCUGGCAGUUCAGGGUCAAUGAUAGGUUCUUAAAAGCCAAAGUCAGUUUAUCUUUCUGUGCCUCCCAUCUUCUUUUUGAGUUACCUAAGUUUGAUUAUUCAUUUCUCCUCACUCAACAGAACUGUAGUUGGGUCCUUUACUUGAAAAGGUAGAAAGUAGCUCAUAGUUACAGUAUUUUUUCAUAUUAUGUUGAGCAGAGAAGUGUAAAAGAACAUUUGUUUUGUUCACAUCUCUUUUCUGUUACCCCAUAAUUAGUAAAGCAAGAUGGAAUGUCGGAUUUUUAAUUAGUUUUUUCAUGAGUUUGUGUUCCUAUAAUACUUGAAAAUCUUUAAGGAGGAGAUAAAGCUCUGCAUUGUUUUAUCCUUGGGAAGGUUACUUUUUCUAGGAGGAAUAAUUCUGAGGUAGUGUAGUAGCUAGUUAAAGGGGAAUAUAUGCAUUGAAUAACAAAUUGGAAUUUGUUUACAACUAAUUGAAUUAAAACAUUAUAUCAGUACCUGUAUUACUUGCCAAGCGCUAUGAUUUAAAUGUAUAGAAAACAUUAUAAAUAAGAGUAGAGAGGUAUCAAUUUGGCUAGAAUUUGCCAUUUUAUUAAGACUAAGCAAUAAUGGUAAACAUCUCUUUCCUGAUUAUUUUAUAAGGUCUUUGUAUGGUGUUAUGACUAAAUUGUAUCUGACUAAAUUGUAUCGGAUUUAUAGCCUACACCCUUUUAAAAUCUUUAGUUACAUGUAAAGAGAAAUUAUAUAUCUGGCCUCCGUGAUGGGAACCUUUAUGUAUUGAACCGUAGACUUAAAGGCUUAUGGAAAUAACAUUAGGGUAUCAGAAAACUAAAUAAGCUUUUCUUUAUGACAAAUAUCUAUUACAUGUUAAAUAAAAUAGUUGAAUUCUUUUAGAGUUUUUUUUUUUUUUUUAGACUUUCAUGAAUAGCUUGACAAUUCUAGGUGAUACAAUGUUGAUUGUAUAUAUACUUCAUUAGCUACAGGUAUCACAGGCUUAGAUUGUUUAUGCUAUUUGAACCCAUUAAAGAUAGUUUACUUUUUGAGGCAAUGCAGAGCUCACCAAGAAAACUAGAAUUAAGAAAUGAUUGAAGGCCAGAACUUUGGCAAAACUUAAGAAAUUUGGGUAUGAAUUAUGCUAAUGUAGAUUAAAAUGAUUAUUUCCCAUGCCCCUUGAGUGUUUUUCUUUUAUUCUUACAAAGAAAAUUUGCAUAAGUACAGUUUUAGAAGUACAGGUUAAUAAAGAGUAUGUCUCACUCAACUAGCAAAUAACUACUAAAGGUAGUUAUGUAAUUAUUAAAGGAUUUAGCUCUGUUACAAAUAAAGACAUAAAAAACUUGGCAACUGGGCUUUCAUGAUACAUGGUAUUUUAACAAAAUACCAUGGAAACAUUUCAGAACAACUGGGCCAAAAGAGAGUAUAUAAGUUUUUAGUACUUGGGGUUGUAUUUAAAUUUAUCUUUCAUAAUUUAAGGACUUGGGUUCAUUUGGAGACAUAAAAUCUUAUUUAUUGUUUAAGGGAGAGGUUGAUAGUUGAUUUGAUUUGAGGUGAUGAUUAAUACACCUUUUUUAAUGUUUUCUUCUUGAGACUUUUUCCCCCCUAAGCAAUAUCUUAAUGUGUUACAUGCAAUUGAACUAUUAUUUAAAGCAAGUGGAUUAUUCACCUGAGAGUUAGUUACAAAGCACUGACUCUGUGUAUGUGUUUUUGUGUAUGUGUGUGCGAGAGAUGCAGCUUAUAUAUUCGGUUACAUUAGUGGUUACAUUAGUGACCAUCCUUUCCUCUCUUACUCCUAUGAACCUCUGAUUUGUUGCCCAAAUAAAAAUAUAAAUAUUUUUAUCUUAGAUUCAUACAUAAAGGGACAGUUAUUGUUAAGUAGAAUUUGUGUCACUUUAUCUGUCAAGAAAAUUAAAAAUGUUAAGUGUAUUGUUUCUCUAGAAAUAUGUUUGUCUUUCAUAGCAUUCAAAGUAAUUACUACAGCAAAGCAGUGAAAACUAAGUUUAUUAUACACUUGGUAACUAAUCUGACAGCUAAACUCAACAUGGGAAAUAGAAAGUACUAUUUUUUCUUGUUCAGUAUCUUUGCUAGUAUAAAGGUAGUAAGGUCCUAAGAGUUGGGGUUUUAUUUUUCUUAACCUGUUAUCUUGAGAUAAUUUUAGAUUUAUAGAAGAAUUACAAAAAAAGUACUUAGAGAAGUCUUUAUUUCCUAUAGUAAUCUUUGCCUUGUAUUAAAAUCUUAUGUGACCAUAGAACAUGUGCAAAACUAAGAAUUAGUACAAUAGGUACAAUAUUACUACGUAAAUUAGAACAUUGGAUUUUGACCAUCCUUUUUUAGUGGAACACUUGAAGGGUAGUUCUUAAAACCUGCCCUAGUUUUGUUGUAAUAAUUUCAGCCAGUAACUUGUAAACCAUUUAAAAAUAUAAAUUGAAAUCAACAUACCAUAGAGAGAAAUGAUUAUAUAGGUCAGUGAUGUAACUUUUUGUAACCAUAUACUGGCAGAGGACUAAUGAUCUAUUUUAUCAUUUUAUGCUAGAGAUUUUAAUUCUUAUAAUAAUAAGUGUAACCUGUUUGGUUUUGUUUAGACAAUUCCUUAACCAUUUAAGGGUGAAGAAAAACCUAAAGAGUUCUUGCAAAUAAUUGAAAGUGACUUCGGGGUAUUGCUCUGCCACUCCUUACUUUUUAAAAAAAAACGUCAGCCAUUCCCCAGCCUGAAACUGCAUGACACCCACAAUAAAUAAAUUUUAAAAAUCUCA